AGUAUCACGUUGAACAUUGGUGCGUAAACACGACGCUGGCAAGCGGAGUCGUACGCGCGAAACUUAGUGGAACAGAUAUUCAAAAUAAAUAACGAAUAUUUUCCUCAAUAACUUUUAUUGUCUGUGCUUUUGAUAAACUUUUUUUAUUAUAGUGCAACUUUUGUUCAGUUGAAACAGUUCCGUGUUUGAAUUUGGUUUUGUUUGAGAUAUAACGACUUUUUGAUCUGAAUCAUCAAUCAAGAAUGAUCGACCGUAAACUAUCAACAAUGAUUUAAAAUCAUGUGAUGCUCGAAUGUCAAAACAGAAAGCAAAAAUAGAAUAACCGAUUUAACAUUAUGAGACAAACUGAGCUUCAGAUAAAGUUAAACAAGAUAAAUAAGAAAUAUGAUAACAAUAGCAAACCUAAGAGGUUUAUGAUGACAUGUUAAAAAUCAAAAGAAAAUAUGCCGACCGAACUAUGGACCACCGAGAAUCCAUAUGAAAAUGACACAUUUAGCACAACCAGCGAUGAAUACCAAAAUAAUACAACGACUGACCCUAUCGAGGACAAAGCGAUUCAAGCAGCUUUCUGUACAGCAUACACCUUAAUAUUCGUAGUCGGGAUCUUCGGCAACGCACUAGUAUGUUACGCCGUAAUCAGGAACCGAGCUAUGCAAACCGUCACUAAUCUCUUCAUCACGAACCUCGCACUCUCAGACAUCCUGCUGUGUGUGUUUGCCGUACCAUUUACGCCACUUUACACUUUUCUCGGCAGAUGGGUAUUCGGGGGCCCUUUAUGCCAUAUCAUGCCUUAUGCACAAGGAUGCAGCGUCUAUAUUUCCACGUUAACUCUAACGUCUAUAGCUAUAGAUAGAUUCUUCGUUAUCAUCUAUCCCUUUAAACCUCGCAUGAAAAUUACGACCUGUAUUUGUCUGAUAGUGUUUAUAUGGGUGUUUUCUCUAUCCGUGACCUUCCCCUAUGGCUACUAUAUGGCCCUCCAAGACGUGUACUGCGCAGAGAAGUGGCCCUCAGACCAAAUCCGAAAAGCCUUCGGUGCUGUCACCACCAUCAUGCAGUUCGUAGUUCCCUUCAUCGUUAUGGCUUUUUGCUACACGUGUGUUAGUGUUAAAUUGAAUGAUAGACUAAAAUCCAGGCCAGGAAGUAAAAAUAGUAAGAAAGAAGACGCAGAAAGAGAAAGAAAAAGAAGAACAAAUAGAAUGUUAAUAGCAAUGGUAGCCAUAUUUGGCUUGUCGUGGCUACCGUUGAACCUUAUAAAUAUAAGUAGUGAUUUUUAUUCGUUGGCAGAAGACUGGAGGUAUUACAUGGUGUUGUUUUUCGUUGCGCACUUCAUCGCUAUGUCUUCCACUUGUUACAACCCGUUCCUGUACGCGUGGUUGAACGAGAACUUCAGAAAGGAGUUUAUGCAGAUUCUGCCGUGCUUAGGGGCGUUGGUCACUAAGCGGUCUAAGAGGAAGUUCAACCAGUCAGAACGGACAGGUAUGUUUCGUUCGGAGAAAACUUGUAACGGUAACGAUACCGUGCAAGAGUCCCUUUUGACUUCGACAGUUAGUAAGAUACCCUCGGUUAGAUAUAAAAUAGAGUUCAAUGAUAAAUUAAAGGUGUAUGAAGACGAUGGAGCGGAGAACAUAAGUCCGGACGAGAAACCCGAGGACAACCCGAGUCCCAACGAAGACUGUGUUAAUAUGUACAUGUUUGUAGAUAAAACUGUAAAUACUUCGGAUAAGGAGCCUAUUGUAUCUGCGCUGUAGAUAUUUUGGUAACACGUUGCAGUAACAAUUUUCAAGAAAUUAAUACUAUCCGUAGCGGUUUCAAAGUUCCAUCAAAAAGCAUUUCUUAAUAUUAUACAUAUUUAUUUAUCGUCUCAUAAUUUUAAUAUUUCUACUUAUUUAUAAAUGAAAGUUUGUUUGUUUCGUUUUACCUUUAUUAGUAUGUAAAAUGAGUUUGUGGCUGUAAAUUUAUUCUUAUUCUUCUGUAUUGUUAUUUUCAAAAACGUAUGAUUGUAUGAUAAAUAGAUGAAGUAAAUAUUUUUUAAAUGACUGUGAUUUCUGUAGCAUUUUCAUUAAACAAUGUAAAUUGCAUACGAUACAAAAUAACCUAGUUAUUAUCUACUUUUAUUAUUGUUGCGAAUGUUAGAUAAAAUUCAAGUAAAAAUACGAACGAAUGUAAAAAAAUAUAGUUAUUUAAUAUUAAUAGUACUAUAAAGAUAAUUGUAAAUAGUUGGUAAGACCAUUGUACAGUGUAGCAACGGUAGUGUAAAUAUUUUGUGUUCAUAAGAAUAAAAGUAUUUACGUCAAUUAUGUAGUUCGAUAAUGAACUUUGAGCCCAUUGACGAAGGUACUUUUUUCUAUAAAUGUAUAGUCGUUAGAUAGUACGUUUGAAUAGCACUGUGUUACGGUAAAACUAUUUUUGUAAUGUAAAGAAUAAAAGUGUAUAUAAAAUUUAAUGCCUUGUAAUUCAUGUCAAUGGAUGGAAAACGUGCAAUUCGCUGUCGUUAUAAAUAAACUGUACCAAAGUCA